AUGUCUAGGCCAACAUUUCAGCAAGGAAGUAGUGCAAGAUCGUACAUUGUAACCGGAUCUGGAGUACUUCCUGUUUUGAAUCAGUACACUAAUGCAGUGGAAUUAUUUAUUAGAGGUUUUUCUGCUACUGAACCAUUUUGCUUAAAUAAGUACAGCCAAUUAACAAAUUUAGUUUUCGAUGAAAACUUAAUUACUAUUAACGAUUCGUUAAUUUUGGGAACAAAUGUUAAAACAUUUACAAUACCAAGAAAUGUUAAAAGUUUGAUUGAUAAUCCAUUCGAUGUUGGACCUGAAAUGGUAAAUAUUUUUGUUCAUCCAGAAAAUCGAUAUUUUUGUGAUAUUAAUGGUGUUUUAUAUUCAAAAGAUAGGAAAACUCUUGUUUAUUGGCCAGGAAAUCAUGGAGAAACCGAAGUUGUCGUACCAAAUUUUGUUGAGAAACUGGAAGAUGGAGCGUUCGCUGCUAGCUCAAUAAUUACUUUUAUUGUUAUUCCUUCUAGCGUGCAGAGAAUAGGAUUUCAGCUUUUUCAAAUGCCAGCUGUUCAAAGUAUCCUAAUUUUGAAUAAAAAUCUCCCUUCGUUCAAUAUCACGCUUGAUUCAAGUAAAUCGAGAUCUAUCCUUCACUUCAUGCCUUUAUCUGAUUGUUCAAAAUGCAAAGACCGAAGAAUCUUUUAUUCAGAAUUUCAUAUAUUUUCAUGUCUUAUUAUAUUACAAUAA